AUGUCGUUAUUAAAAACACGCUUCCACGACGACUCGGAUGCGGACGACGAGUACGAGCGCAGCCUUGCAUCUCCAGUACUGCCCACGGACUCUGAAAUAUCACCGACUGAUUCAGACUCGAUAUCUACGGAACAUACACCUACAACAUAUGGAAACAUGGGAGAUGAACAUGGCUCUUUACGGUCGACAAUAAGUGACUGGACGGCGGAGGAGUGUGCAGAUUUCGUGGUAGGGCUAGGUUUGCGGCAGUAUCGAACGGCUUUCAUAGAAAAUGAAAUAGUCGGCGAGGCACUGAUAGCCCUCAAGCACGAGGAGUUGAAAGAAAUGGGUAUCACCAGUGCUGGACACAGAUUAACAAUACUGAAGAGUGUCUACGAGACGAAGGUGAAACAGGGCGUUUCUAUCGAUCCGGACCACUAUAUUGCGCCAUCUGCCGACCACAAUUUACAUGAAUCGGCUACAUACGGAGAUAUUACGCGCUUGGCGCAGACGAUACGGGCACGAGAUGAAAGGCUCAGCGUUGUCGAGGCAGAAUUGAGAAGGGUAUCAGAAGAUUACCGACGAUUGCGAGAAGAGCUUCUUCCCAUAUUCAAGCUGGCUAAAGAUCGCUCACAACCGUUACCCUAUCAACCCCCCAUCCAGUCAGGGACAACGUCGAGUCCAGAGCUAUACCACGAUGCAUCGUCCAUUAUAUCACCAGGCAAUAUCCGCAAUGAGUCCUCAGCACUGGGUAGGUCGCUUUCCAGAAGAGUCUACAAUGGAGGCACAACCCCCAAAAGCAGCAACUCUCCAACACAUAUACCACCAUCGGUCCAUGAAGGCCGCCCUUACAACGAUGGUGCUAACAUCGAUCCUUCUGCGGCAGCUAUGGCAGCGUCUACGCAUCUGACGGCGUCGAUGAACGGUGGCGCUCAAACAUCGCCCGGUAUACCAUCACCAACAUCGCCCGGACAAUUCGCACAACAACAGACCCUCGGCCCUCGGUCUUACGUCAGAGAUAACAACAAGAGUUCGGCAGCCUCAAUUCGACAGGGACACGAGCAUGAAGAAGUACCUCAAUCAAACCCGACACCGGUACCAACACCGACACCAAGUGCAAGUUCACGGUCUGAAUCAAGGAACACCGACUCUGCAGCUCCCAGCGUCGAAAUCUUCAAAUCAUUUAGAGUUUCAAUGGAUGAUCCAUGUCACAAAGUGCUACCCGCUGCUCUUAAAAAAUACAACAUCAACGCCGAUUGGCGUCAGUAUGCUCUAUAUAUCGUAUAUGGCGACCAAGAGAGGUGUCUGGCACUCGACGAGAAACCAUUAAUUCUCUUCAAACAAUUAGACAGAGAAGGACGGAAACCGAUGUUCAUGCUUCGCAAGUCUGCGCCGACUGAUGCCUCGACGCCAUCGUAUCCUGGAUCAACGGGUACGGCACCCAAUAGUGCUGUAUUCGAUGGGAAGAAUAAGAGCACCGUACCUGGUGGAGUUCUAUGA